AUGCGGACGGGGAAUCACGUGAUAGAGACGCGAGAGAAACAGCAGCAGCAGAAACAACCCAGUCGAACUAAGGGCGACGAGCUAGGGGGUAAUAGUAGCAGGACGGCAGUUAGCGAGCUAGGGGGGACAGGCAGGACGGCAGUCGGCGAGCUGGAGAUUGUGCGCGAGGAGAAGCGGAGCCUCGAAAAGUGCCUCCAGCUCGUCGUGGAGGAGCGCGACGCGCUGCUAGAGCUCGCCGCGAGGAACGCCGUUGAUCGCGCUGUCGCGACGAAGAGCGUCGCCGGGUCGAAGAAAGAGAAAGAGCGCGCCGUAGAUCGCGCGGCCGUGUUUGAAUCGCCGCCGUCGCCACCGUGCGACUCAGCAAGUGCUAUUGGUAAGCUAGGCGAACCGCUCGCUACGGCGGACCGAGCCGGCCUACCGCGGCGGAGCCGUGCGCACUCCGCGGAGCGAAUCCAGCGCGUUGGGAGCGGAGCGGGGUCGUUCCGGCGGCCGGCGGAAGGUCGUCCGCAGUCGGCGGAGCGCGGGCCUCGUCGUGCGGGGAUCGCGGAUGGGGAACCGGCGGAGUGGGAGGGCAGCGGCGCAAGCGCGCUGAUAGCUCUGGCUUUGGAGAAGGAGAGAGAGAGCACGUGGGAAAUGGAAUACCGAAGAGAAUUGCGGAACGGGGAGAUCAUGGAAGGAGCGGAAGCUUUGCGCCGGGUACGGGGGGAAGACGACCGGGCAAAGGCGCGGGAGUGGGAGGCGAAGCGGGACUUUUUGCGGGAGGAGCGGAAGAGGCAGCUAGCGCGGGAAAUGGGGAAGGUCGGGGCGGCCCUCCAGCAGGCGCGGAGCGAGCUGGCGGGGGACGAGCGGAGGCUCAGCGCGGGCGCGGCGCAGGGGGGGACGGAAUCCGCGGAAUCGGAACUGGCGAAGGAGCUGGAGCAGACGAAGCUGCGGCUUGCGAAGGUGGAGGCGGAGCGCGGGCAGCUGGCGAGCGCGGUGGAGCGCAUGGUGCUGGAGAUGGCGGGCGCGGUGCGGGAGCAGGAGCAGUUCCGCGAGGCGCUGCAGCACACGAGCUUGGAUACGAUGCUGCUAUCGCACGCGUUGUGCCGUGCUUGA